AGGCAGCUUCGGCGAAAGAGAAAACAGCAAUUCCAGACUCAGCUGUCGCUCGACUGGCAUCAAUCCCUCUCUUUCCUCGAACCCAAUCCUUUUUUCCUUUAUAUAGUCUCACCCAUCUUCCCAAUUUCCAAUCCAUCGCCUCUCCUACGAAAAACCCAUCUCGAUUUUCUCUCAGAAAUGGCAAAAAAUGCAGUAGCUUUCGAGGAUUUCAUUCCUCUAAUGGCAGAGAAGCUUGGAGAAGAAGGUCUUAUGGGGGAGCUUUGUAAUGGCUUCCGUCUGUUGAUGGAUGGAGAGAAGGGCCUGAUUACGUUCGAGAGCUUGAAGAGGAAUUCUGCUGUUUUGGGGUUGGAGGGGAUGAGUGAUGAUGAGAUUUUGAGCAUGUUGAGGGAGGGAGAUAUGGACGGUGAUGGUUGCUUGGAUGAGAUGGAGUUUUGUGUUUUGAUGGUUAGGAUGAGCCCUGAACUGAUGGAAGAUGGGAAAAGAUUGUUGGAAGAAGCUGUUGAGGAGGAGUUGAGAGAGUUUAUGAGGUAGAAUAGAUUUUAUUUUUAUUUUUUUCUUUUUCUAACUGAUUGUUUUUGGAGAUGUACACAUCAUUUUCUUAUGAAUAAAAUAUUUUUCUGUUCUUCA